AUGGAAACCAGCUCAAAAAUUAGUCAGAAAUGGAUGCUAUGUGCAUUUGGUAGUUUCAUUAGCUGCUUCAUUUUCUUGAUAUGCCUUAAGCACAAUGAGGCAGGUUAUUUCAAGGCACUGCGACAUUGCAUGUUCAACGUGGCAUCGUCUUUAGACGAUAGUUUUUCGCCUACUGGAAAUUUAGAAAUCUUGAAACCAGCAAGAAGCAGAGAAGAUGAAGGUAAUAUAAUCCAGAAAAACAGCAAGAAUAAGUGCAAUAUAUUUGAGGGAAGAUGGGUUUAUAAACCAAAGGAAAGUCCAUAUUAUGAAGCACCACAAUGUCCAUUCCUUAGUGAACAAGUGAGCUGCCAGAAGAAUGGAAGGCCUGAUUUUGACUAUCAAAAUUGGUCUUGGGAAGCUCAUCAGUGUGUCAUUCCAAGCUUGAAUGGCAUAUAUAUGUUGGAGAGGCUUAGAGGAAAGAGGGUAAUAAUAGUUGGAGAUUCACUAAACAGAAACCAGUGGGAAUCUCUAGCUUGUCUUCUUUAUUCUACAAUUCCUCCUUCCAGAGCUCAUGUUGAUGUUAGGAGUGGCUCCUAUAAAGUCUUUAAAGCUAAGGACUACAAUGUGACAGUAGAAUUCUACUGGAGCCCAUUUCUGGUCCAGUUCGAAUCAAACAGACCUGGUGCUCCUAAAAUUUUGAGGCUGGAGAAACUCGAUUUAUCGUCUAGGCUUUGGCAAGGAGCUGACAUUAUGGUAUUCAACACGGGCCAUUGGUGGGUGCAUCUUGGGAAGUUGAAGGCGUAA